AUGUAAAAUUCAAAAAGGAAGCAAAUGUUUUGCAAUCAAUUCGAUUUAUUUAAAGAUAAGAAAUUUAAGUAAAUUCCAUCAUUAAAAGUAUAUUUUAUAUGAACUUUUAAAUAGCUAGUUAAAGUAGAUAAGCCUAAUUAUUAAGAAUAAAUAUUUAAUGAAUCAAGUGCAGAAGAUAUUUUUGAACAAAUGGGAAACAAAGUAACUGAUUAAGAUUAAUAAAAAAAUACAAAUCAAGAAUCUAAUAAUAUUAAAAAUGAUGAUUGGAAAUCCUAUUAUAAUUCAAGAUUGAAAGAAAUUAAAAUAGAGAGACCUGAACUAAAUCAUAAUUAAAUGACACAGUUAAUAUCAGAAGAAUGGAAGUUUUUUAAAAAAUAAUUUAAAAAAGUGCCUUAAUCUACAAAUUAAGAUGAUUAAGUAUUAAUUAAGAGGAAGUUAAAAUAAAAUAAGGAAAAUUUUAAAUUUUGUUAAGAAAAACUAAUAGAAAAAUAAGAAGAAUCUGAUGAUGGAGAACUUGAUUUUAAUCCUUUUGAAUGUGCCAAAUUUAUUGAAGAUUUAAAAUAAAAGAAAUUUAAAUUAGUUAUAAAUGAUAUGACAUAUGAAUUAUAAGGAAAUGCUAUUAUAGAGGCAGUACAUAAUGAUUCAGUCUUAAUCUAUUUGAGUGAAAAUAAUAAUAAUAAUAAUAAUAAUACAAAUACAGCUUACGGAACUCCAAAUGAAAAAGUAAAUGCUAAUAUUGAGGAUAUAGGAAGUGAUAGUGAAUAGAGCAUUUGUAAAGGAAAUGAUGAUUUUAUUUUGUAAAACAAUAUUAGAUCAUAUUUAUGA